AUGUGUUUUUUUGACAUGAGAAGUCAGCGCUCUCAGGAGGCCGACAAACCUCACAGAAGAAAGGGAGAGAAAACCUACAGCUGUGAUGAGUGCGGGAAGGAUUUUACCCGGGCUGGAGACUUAAAAAGACACCAAGUCAUCCACAGUGGAGUUAAACCUUACAGCUGUGACUUGUGUGGAAAGUCUUUUACCCACGCUGGAAACUUAAAAAAACACCAACUCAUCCACAGUGGAUUUAAACCUUACAGCUGCGACUUGUGUGGAAAGUCUUUUACCCAGACUGGACACUUAAAAAGACACCAAGUCAUCCACAGUGGAGUUAAACCUUACAGCUGUGACUUGUGUGGAAAGUCUUUUACCCACGCUGGAAACUUAAAAAAACACCAACUCAUCCACAGUGGAUUUAAACCUUACAGCUGCGACUUGUGUGGAAAGUCUUUUACCCAGACUGGACACUUAAAAAAACACCAACUCAUCCACAGUGAAGUUAAACCUCACAGCUGUGACUUGUGUGGAAAGUCUUUUACCCAGGCUGGACACUUAAAAAAACACCAACUCAUCCACACUGGAGUUAAACCUUACAACUGUGACUUGUGUGGAAAGUCUUUUACCCAGGCUGGACACUUAAAAACACACCAACUCAUCCACACUGGAGUUAAACCUUACAACUGUGACUUGUGUGGGAAGGAUUUUACCUGGGCUCUAACCCUAAAAAAACACCAACUCAUCCACAGUGGAGUUAAACCAUACAGCUGUGACUUGUGUGGAAAGUCUUUUACCCAGGCUGGAAACUUAAAAGCACACCAACUCAUCCACACUGGAGUUAAACCUUACAGCUGUGACUUGUGUGGGAAGGAUUUUACCUGGGCUCUAAGCCUAAAAAAACACCAAGUCAUCCACAGUGGAUUUAAACCUUACAACUGUGACUUGUGUGGAAAGUCUUUUACCCAGGCUGGAAACUUAAAAACACACAAACUCAUCCACAGUGGAGUUAAAGCGUACAACUGUGACCUGUGUGGAAAGUCUUUUACCCAUGCUGGAAGCUUAAAAACACACCAACUCAUCCACAGUGGAUUUAAAGCGUACAACUGUGACCUGUGUGGAAAGUCUUUUACCCAUGCUGGACACUUAAAAAACCACCAAAUCAUCCACAGUGAAGUUAAAGCCUACAGCUGCGACGUUCAGGAUAAAAACGUUGAAGGAAUUCCCUGA